AUUGUUACAGGUAGCAUGAUGAUGUUGAACGGCCUGGGAAAAUCCUGCCAGUAAAUCUACGGUCACAGUAUUGUCAGCUUACCGGCGGAUUCAUUCCAUACUGCGCAUUAUUAUCUGACGGUUGUUAGCUGAGCUUUUGGGCAAGACUUGGAAUGCAACCGUGGUUGGCCAAAGACCCGAAGCUGCGAGAAGUUUAACUCCACAGUAAUUUGUGCCACUUGAAAGUCACAUAAGUGCAGAUAGGUUGCAGUUUGCUUCGGUUAGUGCUUAAUCUACAUUUCAUCCAUUGCAAACGCUUGAACAAGUACAACAGUCAGCAAAGGAGUUUGGUUCGACUCUUUAAGUACCACCGAGUCGCGAGCAGCGAUGAGUUCCCUUGAUCACCACCAACUCAAAGUCGAACCUAACGAUGACGAUUUCUUCCACACUGCAGCCAGUGCCCAGCACCCCAACGACGGGUCCCAAUUCGACAUGUACGACCAACCAGACUCCACUCUGACUAUCUUGCAGGACACUUAUCAGGUUCCUUUCCACGCGCACACACCUUAUACGCAAGCUGUCAACGGCAGCCUCAUCGGCUCGCCAGGCGGCGGGUCGGAAAACUUCGGCAAGAUGUCGCACCCACGGCGACACAAGGUGCCCAGCGCCAAGUCUGCCGCUCCCAGGUAUCACGGGGGCGCCAACUCCACCGGCACCACCGCUGCCAGGUGGGACAGCGACAAUUGUCGCAGGACCCGAACCACCCACAACGGCCGGCGAUCCACCAGCGAGCGCCGCGACCGCAUCAACGAGCGGGAACGGGACAGGAUGCAUAUGCUGUGCGACGCCUUUGAGCAGCUCCGGCAAGUCCUGCCCAUCAAGAGGCCCAAGCGAGGACCCCACCGCCAGAGGCUGUCCAAGAUUUCCACACUCCUCUUCGCCCAGAACUACAUCCGGACCUUGGAGGACAUUCUGCGGAAUCCGGCGGAGUAUGCUGACUGCCAGUUGUCGCCGUCCGAUGACGCGCACAGUGGGAAUUCUGCCUGCCGGAGCGUUCAUCCAUCGCCAGCACCCACCUGCGACGUGUCCACCGAGGCAGACUACGGCGCGCUCUUCAACCCCUCGGAAUUUUUCCAUCAAAAGUUCAGCAACGAUGUCUUCGUUGACCCAGCGUAUGUCACAUUUUGAAGGUAUUCCAACUGGAGUGGUUGGCACGUGUCAUUUGAAACGACAAGUUUUCUACCGGGGAACCUUUCUUUUCAAUUUUUACAAGUGACAAAUCACAACAUGAUCUCAUGUAGUGUGAUUACUCCAACCGAAGAACCGUAGAUUCCACUUCAUUGUAAAGUUAACUUGAUCCAACGAAAAGUUUACUGUCUCCCCUUUGAGCCAAACGAUGGUCCAAAGUUUCUUGUAACAUGAAAGGACAUUUUAAAUUCUGGGCUAGCGGUCGAAAUAGGUUGUAUCUUUCAUUUUUUUUCCAUUUUUAUAUUUAGAAAACGAUGAAAAAAAUGGCAAUCUGAGAGUUUGAAAUCUACUUCCCGCAGGCUCUCGCGACAAAAUUGAGAGCUAUAGCUCCCUUCAAAAUUUUUCGCAAAUCCGAACCGGAGCUUUUUUCGUUUAUGGGCGGCAAAAAGUUCACCAUGUUCAGAAAGAAUUUGUGAAAAGAAGAGGUAUUGUUUCGAGAACUCCCUCCAGCGUAUUUCAGAAUUAUUACAGUAUUCAUGUAUACACGUUUUCCUGGCUUUAAUUUCAGUAUAAAGUUCGAACUCGGGAGCCGAGGUUCGUAAAAAUGCUCUUCCGUUAAUUAAGCUGGAAAAUUACAUUUCAUUUUAAAUAAAAUAAUUUGGCUUGUCUUCAUUUGUUUUGAAAGUGCUAAAGCGUGAACCAUUUUGACGAAUUUCUCGUGUAAUUAGUUGCAUAAUCAACUUACGAGAACAAUAAGUUUUGUUUAAUGAGACUUGAAGGCUAUUACACUGACGCAGAUGCGGGUUGAGGAAUCCUGUAACUUUGCUCUUCUUUUGAUAAGGGUCCUGUUUCACAAUAAUUGCUGGUAUGUUUACUCAAAGUAGGCAAACGACUUAUUUCCAAAUUAUUGAGCAGUUUGUGGUCGACAUUGUGUUUGACUGCCGGGAAUUGGUUUAAACGGGUCUUCUUCUACAAAUGUUGCGCGGUGCAACUCAAAUGUCGAUAAACACUACUGCGUGCCUGAUGUGCUGUAUAAACUCAAGAAAUCCUAUUUUUGUCGAUAUAAAUUUCGUUCAUCUUUCUGUUCCUGGUGGGAAAUAAGCCUUUUUUCUGGGGCUUUGUGUGUCAGAUUAAGUGCUUUAUAUCUAAUAAACAUAAC